CUGUAUGCUAAAGUUCGACAAUUUUUUGGAGCACAGAAGUCGUUCCCACGAGUUCUGACUCAGUUUUCCGACCAGUCUUCUGUAAAGAUCCCGGAAACAGCACAUAAAUAUAAUCAGGAAUUGCGACUAGAGAAUGAAAAUCUAGGGACAAAACGGUCCCGUUUAUUAUAUCAAAGCAAGAAGCGUGGAAUCCUGGAAAAUGAUAUAUUGUUGGGUGAAUUUGCCGAUCAAAUGCUGCAAAAAAUGAGUUUUCAGCAAUUAAUGCGCUACGAUGAAAUUAUUAAUGGUGAACAUAUGGAGUGGGAUUUAUACUAUUAUCUUGCUGGAAGGAAAAAUUUGCCAGAUGAUUUAAAGGAUUGCGAAGUAUUCCAAUUGCUGUUGGAUUUCGUUAAAAAGAGGACCGAAAAGGUCUGCGAAGAGGCAAAAUGUCAAAGAUAA